AUGUCGGGCCUCUUCGGCAGCGCCUCCGCCUCGUCGGCCUCGGCCACCAACACCCAGGGCGACCUGGCCAAGGACGUCGAGGUGUCGAACCCGCCCGAGGACACCGUCACCGACCUGGCCUUCUCGGGCGCCGCCGACAUGCUGGCUGUCGCGAGCUGGGACAAGAAGGUCCGCAUAUACGAGAUCAACGCCCAGGGCCAGAGCGCGGGGAAGCACAUGUACGAGCACGAGGGCCCCGUCUUCAGCCUGGAUUGGUCCAAGGAUGGUACCAAGGUCAUCUCGGCCGGCGCGGACAAGAAGGCCGAGAUCUGUGACCUCAGCGCCGGCGGCACAAAGCAGCAGGUAGCAGCCCACGAUGCACCCAUCAAGUGCGUCAAGUUCUUCGACCCGCCCAACAGCAACGCCCCCAUGGCCGUCACCGGCUCGUGGGACAAGACCAUCAAGUACUGGGACCUGCGCUCCCCCAACCCCGUCGGCUCCAUCACCGCCCAGGAGCGAGUCUACACCAUGGACGUGCGCAACAGCCUGCUCGUCGUCGGCACCGCCGACCGCUACAUCAACGUCAUCAACCUCGCCGACCCCCUCAAGUUCUACAAGACGCUGCAGAGCCCGCUCAAGUGGCAGACCCGCGUCGUCAGCUGCUUCACCGACGCCUCGGGCUUCGCCAUCGGCAGCAUCGAGGGCCGCUGCGCCAUCCAGUACGUCGAGGAGAAGGACGCCACGUCCAACUUCUCCUUCAAGUGCCACCGCGACCCGCCCUCGGGCAACACCACCAACGUCUACUCGGUCAACGACAUCUCCUUCCACCCCCAGCACGGCACCUUCAGCACCGCCGGUAGCGACGGCACCUUCCACUUCUGGGACAAGGACGCCAAGCACAGGCUCAAGGGCUACCCCAGCGUCGGCGGCAGCAUCACCGCCACCACCUUCAACGCCAGCGGCAGCAUCUUCGCCUACGCCAUCGGCUACGACUGGAGCAAGGGCCACCAGGGCAACAACCAGCAGUACCCCAACAAGAUCAUGCUGCACCCCAUUACGGGCGACGAGUGCAAGCCUAGGCCUAACGUCAAGAAGCGGUAG